AUGAUGUCCCAUCACCCUGCUAUCACUCAACUGCUCUCUGCCAACGCCCAGUGGGCCAAGGACGUCGAGCAGCUAGAACCCGGUUUCUUCAAAGAGUCAGCCAAAGGCCAGGCGCCCCACACCCUCUGGAUAGGGUGCGCUGACUCCCGAGUCCCAGAAUCUGUUAUCACAGGUGCAAAACCUGGAGAUAUCUUCGUCAACCGUAACGUUGGAAACCAAGUCAACCUGGAUGAUGACAAUAUGCUUGCAGUGUUAACUUAUGCAGUCGAGCAUCUUGGCGUAGAACACGUCGUUGUGUGUGGGCACACCGAGUGCGGGGCAGCCGCAGCCUCCUUCGGUGCAUGCGCAUCUUUCGUCCCCGGCGAAAUGCCUAUCACCAUCCCCGUCGAUCCAGUUGAUGCACCCUUGAACCGUUGGCUUGCGCCUCUUACAACUCUGGCUGCGAGUCUACAAAUUUCCUCUGCUCCUCCCAAUGAGGCUCUUCCUCUCCUCGUCCAGGAAAAUGUCAAGGCGCAGGUUGACAACCUCUGCCGGACAAAGGUCAUCGCGAAUGCCUGGGCGAAUGGCAAGAGUCCUAAAGGAAAGGAAGUUUGGGUUCAUGGCUGGGUGUACGAUGUUGCAACAGGAACGAUUAGGGAUUUGGGCAUUUCUCAAGGACCCAAAUAA